GCCUCCAGAUCAGGGGCUGGGAUGCAAGGAACCAAGGGUGGUUAGCAGGGUGUUAGGGGAUGGAAGUCAAAGUGGUCUUUGAAUUAACCCCCAGGAUGGCUGGGCAAGUGACCAGUGCAUAGUGAAUCUGAGGCAGAUGACUGAGGUCCUCCAUUCUCUAUGUGAAAUGCAAAGGAAAAGGUUCACUGCUGCUGAAGGCAGUUGAAGUGUGUCUGAGCUCCUCCCCAGCCAAUGACUACACCAGCGUGUCUGAGAGCUGCAAGGUUCAAAACCUCAGGCUAGGACAGCAGCUCUCUCAGAGAAGGAAGUGGGAACAGAGCAAAGCAGCAGCAUGUCUGAACUGCAGAAACUUCAGCAGCAUGAAAUCCCCUCUGCCAGGCAAGUCCUGAGGGAGAAUUACAGCAAACUUCACAAAGUGGCUGACUACUGUGAGAACAACUACAUGCAGGCAACAGACAAGAGGAAAGCCCUGGAGGAGACCAUGGCUUACAGUGCCCAGUCCUUGGCUAGCAUUGCGUACCAGGUCAGCAACCUAGCCAGCAGCGUCCUUCAAAUGUUGGACCUUCAUGCAGCUGAACUCCACCAGAUGGAAGCCAACGUCUGCUGCAUUGCGCAGAUGGUAGACGUGCACAAGGAGAAAGUGGCUCGUCGAGAGAUUGGAACGCUGACAGUCUGCAAGAGGCCCCCCCACUAUCAGAAAAUCAUCUAUCCAACAUAUCAGGAACCCCUGGAAGCUUACUACAGAAAACCCCUCAACUUCAGCAUCCUGGAUGAUGUUGGUCAUGGGAUAAAGGACCAGAGCACACAGUUGUCACGAACGGGAACCUUGACUCGGAAAGGAUCCAAGACAUUAUCUGGACAGUCUACAGGCACCCUGGGGAAAAACCAUCGUAUCCCAGAACCCAUUCAACUGCCUGUGGUUCCGGAAGGCAAACUGUCAGCAGCGUCCUCCACAUCAUCUUUAACAUCCCUCAGUUCCAGUGGAGCAGCUGGCAACAUCAAUGCCAAGGUGCCUAUCGCACAACCUAUGCCGUCCUCACUGCCUCCUCCAUUGGACAUAGACACAAUGCCUCCUCCUCCCCCUCUGCCUCCUGUAGACAUGCCCGAAUCUUCACUCAUCGGUUUUGAGAUGCCGCUCCCAGAUGUCCCGCCACCAUUCUCCAUGCCAGGUGCCGACUUCCUGGAGCCCCCCCCUCCGCCUCUGCCAAGCUUGACAGAGUUUGAAGAUUUUGCCCCUCCUCCUCCUCCCCCCCUGGGUACAGAGGAACCUGCGUGGGUGCCAGACAGCUACUUGGAGAAAGUGGUGACCCUCUACCCCUACACUCAGCAAAAGGAGAACGAGCUCUCAUUCCCAGAAGGGGCCAUCAUUUACAUGACCCGGAAGUACUCGGAUGGUUGGUGCGAGGGCGUGACCAGCGAGGCAGAGGGGUUCUUCCCAGGCAACUAUGUGGAACCUUUCUGCUGCUGACCCUGUGUGGAUGCAGGAGAUGACACCACUAAGGACCAGCAGAGGUUUUCCUCCUUCACGGUUAAUGGAGUCCAUUCUCUCUGCCAAACCAGGGAGGCCACCUCCACUGCCCCGGCUACAGAAUUUAUCACUAUGCAUUUACGAUCCAGAUUGAUCAGAUUAUAGAUUCCCCAUUCCCCCUCCUGCGCUGGGGCACAGACAGACUCACAUUCCUGGCAGACAGCAACAGGGAAAGGUAGCGCUCCGAAUCCAAGACUUAUCAGGAGCAGCUUUGGAGGCCCAAGAAAGUGCCCUGCUUUGACACUGCUUUCAGGUCAAAUUUUAGUCCCCCAGGGCUCAAUGGGAGUUUUUCCAUUGCUUACCACUGGGGACCAGGCUUGAAGCCUUUAACCUGGAAUCCCUUUGCUUGAGGC